AUGCUGUAUGCAAUCAUCAGCUCAUGGAAGUCUAUGGCAGAACUUUCACUAAUGUUGAUAGUUUCGAAAAGUCUCUUUGAAAAGGACUCUGGAGAUCCAAAUGGAAAAAACCCACGGAACAUGCUCUCAAGGUUUUUUGCUGUGAUGUGGCCAGCUGGAUAUGCUUUUUUGAAUGCAACCAGCCAUUGGUGUAGAUCGUUUGCUGGAAAGUGCGAAAACUGCCUGAUGUCGCUGUCUAUGUCCUCUGGCAUUGUGCUUACGCUUGAGCCCAUAGGGCAGGUGUUUUGA